AGUAUUCGGGUAUCUCAAAACUUAAAUCGAUCAAUUUCACUUUUUGCAAAUUUCUCAAUUCUAGCAUACAAUAAGUUUAUAAUUUUAUAAAUUAUCUCUACUUUACAUUUCAUGGAAUUGAGUUUAGCUUUGAAUAACCUUAUUUGUCUCCAGAUAUAUUAUUUAUAUUUUGGUUGUAAAAUAUCAACGAUUCGCUGUUAUUCAGGCUUGAGGUAAGUGCAGAGGUAACACAGGAAUUCCUAAACGCGACUAACGCGGCUGGAGGUGGCGAAGCAUCGAAAAAUUCUUACGUCUCCGUUUGGACGGCGGCCAAGGACGGGUUGCUCAACUUCGACGCUCGCAUCUACAUUCCCGAUGGUUGCUCUCCGUCUCCCUCCAUCCGACGUACAAUGUCACCAGAACAAUAAUUGCUAUGCACGAUUACGCCAGUCGAAAACGAUGAUCUCGAGUCGGUGCACGUACGCCUGAGCGCGUAUAAAAGUGCGCCACCCCGAGAGCAUGAGCAUCAAUCGAUCUUCGAUCUUCGAGCUCUCUCGAUCGAGACAUUCCCGAUCUUCAACAACCAACAGACAUGAAGUACUUCGCUAUCGCCCUGCUCGCCCUGGUGGCCGUCGCGGCCCUCACGGAGGCGAAACCCACCGGGGUGGAGUCCAUCGAACCGGCGCGGGCCGAAUCCACCUCGCCGGAAGCGGCUAGGAACAAGCGGGGAUUGCUGCUGAACGCGGCUUACACGGCGCCGCUCGCUUACAGUGCAUACACCGCGCCGGCCGUGGCGUACUCCGCAUACAGCUACCCCUACGCGUACACGGCCUAUUCGGGCUACCCCUAUUACGCCGCCGCCUACAGCGCCUACAGCGCGCCGUAUUACUUGGCCUAGAUACGCACGACCACACAAGCCCGAGGGAAACACACGCCAAUCUAACCGGACCAGCCUCAACUCUGAUUUCGACGACGACAAUCAAGCCGACUACUCGAGCCGGCCGCACGAGGAGAACAUUCGCAACGCGAAUCACGUAAGAUGGUUUAUCGACAGAACAAGUCACUCAAAGCAAAAUGUCCUCUACGUCAAACGAAUUACUUUCGUCAAGAAGAUCGUUCGUUCACAAGUACAAUGGAUUAUUUAUUAUUUUCUUGAAUUUGAUUCUCAAAAAAGAUUUUUUUUUAGUGAGAUACUUUACUCGAGUUAUGCCGGUUUUUAGCAAAAUUAUUCGAGUCAUAUAGACACGGGAAGAAGAUAUGGGCACGAUAUAAAUAGUCAUUUGUAUGCACGGUGGAGAUUCUAAGAGGAUCGCAAAUAAACAGGAAGCGGCCCAUAUUAAGAACCAGGCCUUAUUCGAAUGAGGUACCUUCACUUUCGUUACCGGUAAUACCUCUUGCAGUUGUAUCUGUGGACUAUGUUAUUCACUCUCUAAAGGAAAAUACUCGUAUGUUUAUACAGUCUAUUUGAGGAGCAUUUAUUACACUAUCACCUAUAUGCACACACACACACACAGGCACAUAUACGACAUCUCUUAUUUAAAUAGUCGUACGUAUUUACAUGAAAAUGAAUGAAACGGACCGUCCACCAUUUGGAUUUGUACAAAGAGAGCCAUUCACACAACGUGAUAUAUAAUGUAUUGUUAUAUCACUUCAUUGUGUAACAUGUGAAAAAAGAUCAUUGAUAAAGCGUUGUCGAAAAUGUCUCUUUGUGCAUACAAUGCAUUUAUAUACUAUAUAAUAUACCUCGAUUAUAUUCAAAUGCAGUGUAUUCUCCUAUUUCGCCUAAAUGUUUCUGUAUAAAUCUAAAUUUUCACGAGAAGAAUAUUCGCAGCGUGAUUCUACUUAUCUAUUAUAAUAAUAUCUAUCCUCAUAUAAAAUAUUAACAAAAAAAAAUUGACGAAACGUUGCUAAUUAUUCUUCAAGCUUAUCUCUUCCAUAUUUGCUGUAUAUUAAAUCAUGUAAAUCAUUGUAGAAAAAACAAAAAUAUAACGAAUAAUGCAAUAAUA